UCUAAAUUUACGUCAUUUACAUCGGAAUACAUGAAAACUUUGUAAUUAUAGAUAAGUUUAAUAUCGUUGGUGUGGAUCAGCCAACCAGAGCACCGGUUGCCUUAUAUUUAGAAACUUUUAGCUGUCAUUGUAUUGAUCUUUGAGAACACAAAUCCUAUAUAACAAUGGUUUCAAAAAUGAAAGAAAUGGAUAUUUUUGGAUUAGGAAAUCCAUUGCUGGACAUCACAGCCACAGUCGACGACGACUUUUUACAUAAAUACAGUUUGCCGAAAAACAGUGCAAUUUUGGCCGAACCACAGCACGAGGCCAUGUAUGAGGAGGUGAUCAACAAAUAUGACAUCGAGUACAGUGCGGGCGGCGCCACACAAAACACUAUGAGAUACUGCCAAUGGAUUAUCGGGAAGAAUAAUCAAGUGACCACUUUCUGCGGUUCCGUUGGUAACGACUAUUUCGGCAAAAUUAUGGAGAAGAAGGCAAAGACAGACGGCGUGAAUGUGAAGUAUAUGACGGCUCCGGACAAGAAUACGGGCACAUGUGCUAUAUUGUUGACCGAUGGCGGACAGAACAGAGCGAUGUGCGCCUACUUAGGUAUUGUCACUUCAAUUUCAUUAUCUCUUUACUCACUUUUCAGUUCAUUUGUUUUU